CUCUCCUUCAACAUCAAGGGCUUCUUCAACAACAUCAAUCAUGGAUGCCUGAUUGAUAUUAUGCACACAAAGAAGAUCCCUACCAGAGUGAUCUGGUGGGUAAAGUUAUUCCUGUCAGACCGCUCCAUUUCCAUAUGCCUCAACAGCAUCACCUCCACAGCCCAGUCAGUGGCAAACAGCAUCUUGCAGGGAUCACCA